AUGUCUGCUGACAUAGCAACAUUCCGUAAUGGAGUGCGGGCCCGUUCCGAACCGUCGGGUGGCACCGGGCCGGGAGGGGACUCCACAAGAGCACCCCUGAAAUCUGGGGCAGACUCAGAAAUCACGGCCGCGAAGGAGGCGGGAGCCUUCAAGGGUAGAAUGGAGGGUUGGUGUUUUUGUCUGUACCCGCUGCGCUUCAUUGUGCUGUGUUUACACAGCUCGGGCAAAGAACCCCUAAAAAUGCACUGCAGGGACUGUGCCCUGGUGACCAGCUCCGGGCACCUGCUGCGCAGCCGGCAAGGCCCCCAGAUCGACCAGACCGAGUGCGUCAUCCGCAUGAAUGACGCCCCGACGCGCGGCUACGGGCACGACGUGGGCAAUCGCACCAGCCUGAGGGUCAUCGCGCAUUCCAGCAUCCAGAGGAUCCUCCGCAACCGCCACGACCUGCUCAACGUGAGCCAGGGCACCGUGUUCAUCUUCUGGGGCCCCAGCAGCUACAUGCGCAGGGACGGCAAGGGCCAGGUCUACAACAACCUGCAACUCCUGAGCCAGGUGCUGCCGCGGCUGAAGGCCUUCAUGACCACGCGCCACAAGAUGCUGCAGUUCGAUGAGCUCUUCAAGCAGGAGACUGGCAAAGACAGGUAG